AUGGAAGGAAAGCUGCCCGUUUUGGACUCCUUCACCGUCAAUACCCCUUCUUUGUCGGUGGUGAUCAGAGCGGACGACACUCCUCUACCUUCUAAUGUUCAACAACAGCCGAUCCCAGCAAACCUUGUAACUCUUCAUGCUGUGGAGUGUAAAGACAGCUCAGCUCCUCCUUCUGCAGAAGCAACGCAAGAGUGCUCGGAGGCAGCAGCAGCAGCAGCAGCAGCAGCAGCAGCAGCAGCAGGAGCAGAAGGAGAAGGAGAAGAAGAUGAAAUGGAUGCAGAAGAGCAGCAAAUACUGCAGCAACGACAGCAGCAGCAGCAGCGUCUGCUGCACCUAAACAGCAAACAAAAUUUAAAUCAAGAAGAGUUAAAAGAAUUAAAAGAAUUACAAGAAAAAGAAAUAGAAAUACAUCGUAUAGAUAAAGAAAUAGAAAAAGAAAUAAAGAAUUAUAAUAAUAUGUUAAAAAAAGCAGAAUCUAAAUAUGCAGAUGAGCAACAGCAGCAGCAGCAGCAGCAGCAGCAGCAGCGGCAGCAGCGGAAAAUGCAGCAGCAACAGCAACAGCAGCAACAGCAGCAGCAGUAG